AUGAUGAUGCGCAGGAGAGCCAGUGGAAGUCCUGAAGCUGACCGAUCAGGCGAAGAAAGGCCAGAAGAGGAGAUGCUUGGGCCAACUGGGAGACCUGUGAGUUAUGGACCUCAAAACCCUCAAAUGUUGGAACUUGAAGAUGAAAAGAAAGAUGUAGAGAAUGAAGAACCCAAAAAAGAGCUAGAGCCGCUGUUCACCGAAGAACAAGUGAGGCAGUUUGAAGAACUGCACAACAGAGCACCUCUGUUGUAUGGAAGUCCACAGAGGACGCAGCUAGGAAUAGAGGAUGAAGCCAGGUCUUCAGGUUUAGCUUUGGAAGAUGUGCAGUUGGAAAGACCGAAGUUUCUACCUGCAGAAAGACCUGCAGCGAUGCCUGCUGGUACGCCCUCAGUGAUUUAUCAGCAGCAGAUGAUGCAGUACUUCUUCAUGUUGCAGCAAGAGAACAUGCAGCUGAAGAUGGAACAGGAGUUGCUGAAAGAAAAGCUGAGGGAGAAGGAAGAAAGAAAGACCUCUGAGGUAGAGGUGCCAAAUGGCGAAGGAGGAAGAAAGGCUAAGCCUGAAGUGGAAGGGUUUCAGACUCCUGAAAGCCAACAGCAAGGAAGCCGUGCAGCUGAAGACCGGGUUGUGAAGACAGAGAAUGACCUGGAAUCCGAGAGGAGAAGGCUGUACGAGUUGACACCGAUGGAGCAAUAUGAUGAAUUGCAAAAGGUGAUGGAUGCUGCGGUGGGUUCAGUGAAGAAGCCACCUCCUGGACGAGACCUUCGAGGACCUUGGGAAUCUCAUCAACCUUCAGAAGGAGCACGACAGAAAGAAAGAGAUGUUCCAAAGAAGGAAGCAGGUGAGAAAGGGACUGGAGGAGAUGCCAGGAAGAACCAAGGAAAUGCGUUGGAGCCAGCUGAUGAUGGAAGAAUGCAAAGGCAGGUUGAUGUCCUGUCUAAGAUGAUGUUGCACCUUCUGGAAAGUCAGCAAGGUAAAGAUGAUGGAGAAAAGAUGGAAGCGGUCAAACCUGGAGUGAACAAGUUGCAGACCCUCCAGGAGCCGACCGAAACGGCCCCCAUUGACUAUGCCGACUGGUUGACCAUGAUAGAGCCGGUGAUGACGGAUCUGUCAGACAGUUCGCAUGUUUGGUGGCGACUUGUGCUGGAUGAAUGCAGCGCAUGGUACUCUGAGUAUGUGAAGCUCCGACCACUUCAAAGAACAAGCUUUGAGAUCGAGGCCUCUGAAGAACUGAAGAAGACGAAGUGGGUUCGAGUGGAACGCCGAGCUGUUUCCAUGCUCAUGGAUGCCAUACCCACUGGAGUGAGAGAAGAGCUUGUUGCUACCAAGUCACUUUCUCCAGUGAAGGUGAUUGCCAAGUUGAUGACCAUCUACCAGCCUGGUGGACUACAUGAACGAACUGUGAUUCUGCGUCAGUUGGAGGAUCCUGGCGAAGCAGGAAACGCAGUGACUGGAGUCCAAAGUCUUCGGAAGUGGUUGCGAUGGUUGAGAAGAGCUCAGGAUGUCGGGUUAUGCUUACCCGAUUCCACUAUACUUUUGCGUGGUCUGACAAAGUUGAUGAAGAAGCUGCUGAACAACAACCCAGAACUAGCUUUCAGAACCUCACUUGUCAGAAACACACUCCAAUUGGAUACAAUUCCAAACCAUCAAACUGUGAGGACGUACUCUGAACACCUACUGUCGGAACUGGAGCAACUGGUCCACUUGGAGAAAAGGUCAAAGGUGGCUAAUGCAGAAAGAGCGACAGCCACAACCAGCCAGGUGAAGCAGUUGAACGCCGCAAGCAGUGGGAGCACAGAGGACAAGAAUGUGAAAAAGAAUGUGAAGGAAUGCAAGUUCUUUCAUCAGGAGGAUGGUUGCAGACGUGGUGCAGCUUGCACUUGGGGACACAAUGUAGAGCCAGGGGAGAAAAGGUGCUAUGUGUGCGGAUCCACCAAGCAUUUUGCGAGGGAGUGUCCACGCAAGGACAUUCAAAAAGACCCAAAGGUGCAGAAAGUGGAAAAGGAGGCUGAGACCCCCAACAAAACCGCCAAUAAGAGCCCUGCCCCUGCUGAGGCCCCAGCAGUGGCAACAAAGGAGGCUGAGACCACCAAAGAAGAAGUUGCUAGUGUUGGAGGAGACUCUCUGCAAAGCGUCAUGGAAGAAGCUUCGAAGAUGCUGAAGAGCAUGGGAGUUGAAGAAAAGCCUACAAAGACCAGGGAAGAAAUGACCAAAGGACGGAUGCUGGAGCUACAGAAGGAGUUGCAACAGAUUCAGGACGGAUCGUGGAAGCCUAGAAUCAAUAUGAUGAAGACUGCCAUGGUUGCACGAGUCAAGUUCGGCAAGAAAGCGUUGCUGGAUACUGGAGCCACUCACGCUCUGAGGUCCAAGAGGAGUGAUGAGAACCUGGUUGAGGGCAAAGAGUACAAGAAAGUGAGAGUGAACCUUGCAGCUGGAGGUUCAAAGACAAUGUGGAUGACGGAUGGAGGAACCCUGGUACAUGAAGAACCAGGGAUGGAACCGAUACUACCAGUUGGUCGUCUAGUACGAGAACUGGGAUGCAGCUUUGAGUGGGAAGAUGAUGAAUGCUUUCUUUUCCACCCCAUCAGGGGACAGAUAGCAGUGGAGGUCGAAGAAGGAUGUCCACAGAUCACCCAGGCAGAAGCGGAAAAGAUGGUGGAUGAACUUGAAGGAAUGAUGUCGCUUCGAAGCAUGAAAAAAGUGGCAUAUGAUGAUGCAUGUUGGGGCGCAGAAUGGAUGGCUGAGUUGGUAGAGAAACAUCCAGUACUGGCCUCAAUACCCUCACUUGUCAAGGACAACCUAGUGGAAGUGCCGGCCGAAGACCUUUCGCUUUUGAAGGCCAACAGAAGAACCAGGAGACGAUGGAUUGAACAAGGGGUCACUGUACAUUUGUACGCCGGGCCAGAAGAAGGCCUGACUCUGAAGAGAGCCUACUUGGAGAAGGGAGGUGAUGGCACGAGGUUGAUCGAAAUAGACGUGAAGAGAGGAGCACAUCAUGACAUGUUGAGAAUUGGAGGGAUGUACAGUACCCUCCUCAAGCUGGCGAUGCUAGGAGCCAUUGAUGCAGUGGUUGGUGGCCCAAAUUGCCGUACACGUUCAGUGCUGCGACAUACUCCAAGAGAAGGCUUCCCAGGACCAUCGAGGACGGCGGGAUACCCUUGGGGACUUCCAGAUGCUCCCCCUGAUGAACAAGGAAAGUUGUUGCAGGACGAUGCAUUGAUGCUGAGGAUGCUGACCCUGUACAUGGUUGCACAGAUAGCGAGAGAUGCAAUGGUGAAAGAAAGAAGCAAGAGGUGUUUGAAGGCCAAGGUUGGAUUUCUGUUGGAGCAGCCAGCAGCACCGGAGUGGUGUCCAGAAUGCGCUUCGUGGUGGAGAAAUCGAACAUGGUUGCUGUUCAAGCACUACUACCAGAUGGAAGAAGUGACGUUUUACCAAGGAGAUUUUGGAGGUGAAGCGAGAAAGCCAACAACAUGCGGAACAAACCUUGGGUUUCAACCACCAGACCCACUAGUACAUGGUGGGAGGAGCAGAGAACAAGGUCCAGAACUGGAUUCCAGUAAGCUCUCGAGGUGGGCUCCUGGGAUGAUGCAUGAAGUUGCAAGGCUUUUGAUAGAGGAAGUAGAAGGAAAAGAAGUUCGACUGAAGAAGUUGUCGUGGACUGCCCACGUUGACAAUGGACAUGUGCCGUUUCGGCGCGAUUGCGUGGUUUGCCAGAGGUCAGCAGCGAGACAAAGGCCGCAUAGAAGACAUGAUGAUCCAGAAGCGCAUAGAAGACAUGAUGAUCCAGAAGCGCAUUGUUUAGCUGUUGACAUUUGUGGCCCAUUGAAGUGGGGUCAGGACGUGGAUGGUGAAGAGAAGAAAUACCUUUUGGUCGGCUCCUACACGUGGCCAGUGGAAGGUAAGGACUCUGAUGAAAGCUUGGGGAUGUUGGAUGAGGAGACUGCUGAAGAUGAUGAAAUGCUUCCGGUUUUGGAAGAUGAAGAGGUAGAGCAAAGGGAGGCGUCAGCGUCUUCUUCCUCGCCACCCAAGAAGGAGGCUCAAGCAGAGGGUUUACCUUCAAGACCAGCAUCGAAAAGGAAAGGGGAGGAAGAGAAGCCUCCUGAGGAUGCAGAAAGUGCUGAGGAGAAGACUGAAGAAGGAAGGCUGGAAGAAAAGUUGAAGACAAAAGGAAUGCUGAAGCUGAUGACAUGUGUGCCAUUAGCCUCAAAGCAUGCGCUGGAUGUUUUGUCAGGAGUCCAAGAAUUGGUGGUGAAGCUCAGAAGGUAUGGCUACCCAGUCGUACGCCUGCACACGGACUAUGAAACAACCUUUGUCAACAAGCACUUGAAGGGAUGGUGCUUGAACCGAGGAAUUGUGAGGACAUCGUCCACCCCAGAAGAACACCAACAAAAUGGAAGAGCAGAAGCUGCAAUAGCUUCUAUCAAGGGAAGGGUGCGACGUCUCUUGCACUCCUCUGGCAUGGAGACGAAGUGGUGGCCGAUUGCAGCACGACAUGUGGUAGAGCUGGAGAGAAGAAGGUUUGAAAGGAUUGAGGACAAACUGCCAAGGUUUGGACAGAAGAUAGUGACAAGAAAGCGGAAAUGGAAAAGAGGAGAUGAAUUUGAAACGACAGCACAGGAAGUCACUUACCUGACUCCAAUCCCAGAAGUUUCAAAAGGACAUGCGGUUAUGGAAGAAGAUGGAAGUUUCAAGGUGGUGAGCUGCCUGAUCCAGGACUGCAAAGAGCCGCAGGAAGAAGAAAAGAAGUUGGAGUUAGAAGAAGUGAUUCAAGAAAGGGACCCUAUGGAAGCGCGAAGAAGACUGAGGAAAAAGAUGUCAGUCGCUUCUUUGAGGAUUCCAGAAGAAGAAUUUGCAGAAAGUAUCAAGCUGUUCCAGGCAGUUUUGGAGCAGGAUGAAGACGAGGUCAUUCCGGCAGUGAUGAAAGGGAUGAUUGCCAUCAGAAAGGAAAUGGCGGCACUGCAAGAAGGCCGACUUGAAGAAGAAGUGCUACAGACCAGGGUAGUUUCCAACCAGGAAGUGUAUCAAAACAAAGAUGAGUGGGUUGGAGCUAUCAGAAAGGAGAUUAACAAUUUGGUGCAGAAAGGAGCAGUCAAGAGGCUGACCAAAGAGGAAGCUGCGUACUACAAGAGAGAGCAUGCAGACAAGUUGGAGGUGGUGCCAGGAAAAGCAGUACACACGAUAAAAGCACCAGAUGGUAAGAGGAAAUGCCGCCUGGUGGUGUGUGGGAAUCACCUUCAAGGAGGAGACAAAAAAGAAACCAAGGAGGAACAUGCCAACUACUAUGCAGGAGGGGCAGACACAAUCUGCCUGCGACUUGCACUGUCCAUGGCAGCACGCUAUGGGUGGGACAUUGCAGGUUUAGAUGUGGUUGCAGCGUUUUUGAACGCGCAGCUGGGGGACGUGCAUGAGAAACCACAACCAAGAGAAGACCCAACAAGAGACAGAGGCCGCAUUGUGUUGAUGCAACCACCGCGGGUUCUGGAAAGACUAGGUCUGAUCGAAGUUGGAGAGCUUUGGCUAGUGGAACGUGCCCUCUAUGGACUGAGAGAGUCGCCUCGCCUGUGGAGUGAUCACAGGGAUGGAACCCUACAUGGCAUGGAAAUACAACAAGGAGGCAGGACGUUGAAGUUGCUGCCGAGUUUUGCAGAAGAAAACCUUUGGCUGAUCAAGGAUACCAGCCUUAGAGAUGAAGGUGGGGUGCAAGGAUUGGUUUUGAUUUACGUGGACGACAUGUUGGUCAUGUCGAACCCGGAGAUCACCAACAUGGUGGUGGAAAAGAUACAGAAGACAUGGGAAGUGACCAAACCUCAAUGGGUCACUGAAACAGAGCCAGUUCGGUUCUGCGGGAUCGAGAUCUACAAGAACAACGAAGGGGAUUACUUUGCGGGACAGCAGUCCUUUGUGAAAGAAGUGCUGAAGCGCCACAACUGCAAGGAGUUUGCGGCAUCCCCUUUGAAAGACAACUUCGAGCCGGAGGAGGAGCUAGAUAGGACAAGAGAGGAGAUCCAACUGGCCCAAAAACUGGCCGGAGAACUGCUGUGGUUGGCCGGAAAGACCCGACCCGACCUAGCUUACACUACCAGCCGUAUCUGUUCAAAUGCAACCAGGUCUCCAAAAUGGUGUGCAGGAGCAGCUGCACACACCAUGAAGUACCUCAACAGAACCUGGGGUAUGGGACUGUGCUUCAGGAAGAAGGGAGGGAAUGUCCUGGAAGUGGCAACAGAUGCCAGUUUUGCACCAGGUGGUGGUUUGUCGCAUGGCUCAGUAGUAGCAAGCAUGGGAGGUACGCCAGUGAUGUGGAGGUCCUCAAAACAGCCUUUCCCCUGUUUGUCUACCGCAGAGACUGAGCUGGUAGAAGCCAUCGAGGGAGUCAUAGUUGGAGACUCUUUAGCAUGCAUAGUGGAGGAGUUGGAAGGAAGAGUGGAUAAGCAGCUGGUAUGUGACAACAUGGCAGCCGUGGCUUUGUCCACCACGCGGACAGGAGCUUGGCGCACACGGCAUUUGAAAGUACGUGCGACACACCUCAAAUGGAGGGUGGAAGCUGGAGGCUGGAAGAUGCACCAUCGACGGGGCACAGAGCUCGUCGCAGACAUGGGUACAAAGCUUCUUGGUGCCAACAAAACGAAGGAUCUGUCAAAGAAGAUGAAUCUGGAAUGGCUACCAGAUGUAGUAGCUUUCUCCAGAGCGAAGGAAGAAAGGAUUGAGAAAGAGGAAGAAAAAUUGGCAGAGGAACAGGACAGAGAACCAGCUGUGACGGUAUCCAAGAAGGUCUUUGCAGGAGAUAUGGAAAAGGUGGUAAAGAUCGCCACCCUCAUGGCGGUACUUCAGAAGGUAGAAAGAGUAUAUGCCAUGGACGAGAGUGAGACGGAAGAAGGAUCAGAAGUUUUGGCGGCAUUUGGCUUGUUGAUGAUGAUCCUUGGAGUGGUUUUGUACAAGUUGGUAGAAAGAAUGUGGAAGAUCUUUCAUGAGAAGAGAGAUCACGAGGAAUGCCAAGCUCGCGCCCUUACGCGCGACUCUCGCGCCCUUAUGCGCGACUCUCGCGGCCUUAUGCGCGACUCUCGCGGCCUUACGCGCGACUUUCGCGGCUUCAUGCGCGAUCGAGAACGUCACCAACUUCAUGUACGCGAAGAAGAAGAAGAGAUAAGUUGUGAAGAAGGAGAACAGACCACCGUGAAAGUGGCGACUCUGAGGAUGAGAAAAGCUGAAAAUAAAGGUUCCAAUGAAAAAAGACAGGAAGGAGGAAGCUCCGCUACCAGAAGCGACAGUCACACAACCGAGAAAGGCACGGAGGAACGACAUGACAAAAAGGGAGCACAGACAGACGGAGCUGUGGGAACCCUGGAGGAGAGGGAGCCCAGUCUGCUCGUCCUGGACGACGCUGUGGGAACCCUGGAGGAGAGGGAGCCCAGUCUGCGGGUCCGAGCGGAGCAGUGCCCACUCCUGGAUGGCGCUGUGGGAACCCUGGAGGAGAGGGAGCCCAGUCUGCGGGUCCGAGUGGUGCAAAGCCUAACCAAGGAGAGGGAGCCCGGUCUGCGCGUCCAGAUAGUGCAGAGAAGCCGAACCUGGUGGGGCCAAUCAUCACACCAAAUGGGAGGAGAUUCCAUAGAAGCAGUGGAUGCCCGACGUUGGCACAGUCUUGGAAAGGAAGAAAGCCGCUUUGUGGUGAAUGUGGCGACACCUACUUGGUGGCUGACGUGA